CACACAUUUCCAGCCUCCUCGAAGGAGUGGCUAACGAUUAAAAAGUGAGUUCCGCAGCCAGGUCGUCGUCAUCCAAGGUGAGAGGACGUUGACGCCUCUCCGACUCACGGCUCUUUGAGAAUCAUCUUGAGUUUGGAGACAAACUCUACAUGUUGUUUGUUUGUCUCUGAUGGCGCCAGAAAUGAAACUUGCUUUUGUCCUUUGCCUCUUUGCGACCUCUGCAGUUCAGCGAGUCGUACCGAACCCAACAAAUCCAACUGCAUCCGAGCCGGGGAAUCCGGCGACCCCCGAGCCGGCUAUCCCGACCGACCCGGCUCAAUCGACGACCCCCGAGUCGGCUCAAUCGACGACCCCCGAGUCGGCUAUUCCGACCGACCCGGCUCAAUCGACGACCCCCGAGCCGUCGGCUAUCCCGACCGACCCGGCUCAAUCGACCACACCUGGCACAACUCCUCUGCCCACAGAUAAUCCAGACAUAUGCGCGCGACAUCCGUGUCCUGCCCGAAGCACGUGCGAGGCCCGUGCCAAUCAAACCCGGGUUUGCUUAUGUAUGGCUGGUGAUUACUACGACGAGGACAGCCGGCGUUGUGAGACUGCCAAGGUGUUUCCCGGACAACUGCAAGUGCCUGGAUUAGCAUUCGAAAAGGACAUGAGAAACAAAACAUCGCCGGCAUUUCAACGUGCCGCGGAGCAAAUUUCUGAUCAGAUUGGUGUCCUUUUCAAUGAGAGUUCUGGCUACUUGCGUUCUAUUGUGUUGGAACUCAAGCCAUUUGAAAAUGGAAAAGGACGAGCCGGGGCUGGCGUCGGCGCCUCCGUGGAGAUGGUCUUCCAGACGUCGGCUCGAGUCAAAACACAGGACGUUGUGGGAGCCGUAGCCAAAGCCUCCGAAUGCGUCGCGUGUCUUCUGGCAAAUUCCACAUUCACAUACACGAGUCUGUGUAUGAAGCAACCCUGCGAUGAGAAAACGACGACAUGUUCCGCGGGAGACGAUGGAAAUUUCCUCUGCCGCUGUUCCAAGGCUUACGUCGCGACGGACUACAGUCACAGAGCGUGUGUUGCUUGUCCAAGCGGUCAGACACCCAACGGAACUCGGCAAUGUAUCGAUUGCCCUUUUGGGUAUUCUGGGUUUAACUGCGCCGAAUCGUGGAAGCUAGCCUUGGUGAUCGUCGGCUCGGUGCUCGGGGGACUGCUGCUCAUCGCAGUCGCCGUUCUAAUCGUCACGUCCACCCGAUCUCCAAAGAAGACCUCCAAGAGAAAGAAGAAAGAUCCCGACACCGGGAAACCCGACGUGAUCCACUUCUCCGAUAAGGAUCCCCUGGUGACGAGCCUGCCGACCAACGGGCGGGAACCCGCGGCGAAGACCGAGCCGGCCGCGGCCGUCAAACCGUUUGUCGGCGCAGGGGUGCCCAGGAUCCCGCGGGCCACGGCGGCCGGCGCCUGGGACGGCGAGACCGGCCUGGAGAUGACGCCGAGCAAUAGCCGCCACGGCUCGGUGGCUCAGGGGAGAACUUCGUGGCGCAAUGACAACUUGGAGGACAUGAACGGCGGUCCGUACUCGCGGCCUCGCAACCAGACCGACCCGUACGCCCAAACCCGGCCCUUGAGCAACCCUUACUCAGAAUCCCGAUCCCUCAACAACCCGUAUGCUCGGGAUCGGCCCCGGACCGAUCCUUACGCUCGGAACCAAGGCCAGAGCAACCCAAACUUCUCACAUGACAACGAAAGGCCGUUCAACUACUGAGCCUGCGGUUUUGUCAUCAGAGACAAAACCGGGAUUUUGCGGUGGCUGAAAUAGAUGCGGCUCCCCCGCUGCGAUCUCAUUUCCGAUGUUGGAAAUCGCUCAUUUAGUGAAAUCACAUUCAAUCUGAUAUUAAACGUUGUUUGGCCCCGUAAUGUCUUCCAUGUUUUGUGCUUUCAUUUUGCACAUUUAUUCAUGUGUUGCUGUGUCCGCACAGAAAUGUGAGAUGCCUAUUCUGUUUUUGUUGUUUGUUUUUUUUGUUUUUUUGCGGGUGGAUAUUCAAAGCUAACACCAUACAUGCCGAGCUGCCACUCAAUUUAAAUCACGUUAUGUGCACCUAUUUUGAUUUAAAAACAAAGCUAUUGUGGAGGAGAGGUUUCAUUCCAAAAAGUAUAGUAUUCUUGAAAGACACGGUUUGAGCAUCAACACUGGGCUUAAAUACCGAUUAACAUCUUGAUUGAAGUCAUGUUUCAUUUGAAAUGUCAUGUACCUAAAAGU